AUGUUUUCUUUCUUUAUUCUUCAACAAUCUUCUCAGUUUCGCGAUGCCCAAUACACUUUCAUAGCGUGUUCUUUCUUUCUUUCUUUCUUUCUUUCUUUCUUUCUUUCUAAAUUAUUUUCUAUCCCUCCUAAAUUUUCUUUCGUUAUUAUUGCCUUUCUUCUACAUUCUUUCUUUCUUUCUUGUUCUUUCUUUCUUUCUUUCUUUCUUUCUUUCUUUCUUUCUUUCUUUUACUUUCUUUCUUUCUUUCUUUCUCGUACAUUCUUUCUUUCUUUCUUUCUUCCUUGCUUUCUUGUACAUUCUUUCUUUUUUCUUGUUCUUUCUUUCUUUCUUUCUUGUACUUUCUUUCUUUCUUUCUUUCUUUCUUUCUUGUACUUUCUUUCUUUCUUUCUUUCUAGUACAUUCUUUCUUUCUUUCUUUCUUCCUUGCUUUCUUGUACAUUCUUUUUUUUUUCUUGUACAUUCUUUCUUUCUUUCUUGUACUUUCUUUCUUUCUUUCUUUCUUUCUUUCUUUCUUUCUUGUACUUUCUUUCUUUCUUUCUCGUACAUUCUUUCUUUCUUUCUUUCUUCCUUGCUUUCUUGUACAUUCUUUCUUUCUUUCAUUCCUCUACUUUCUUUCUUUCUUGUACUUUCUUUCUUCCUUGCUUUCUUUCUUGUACUUUCUUUCUUUCUUUCUUUCUUUCUCGUACAUUCGUUCUUUCUUUCUUUCUUCCUUGCUUUCUUGUACAUUCAUUCUUUCUUUCAUUCCUCUACUUUCUUUCUUUCUUAUAAUUUCUUUCUUUCUUUCUUUCUUUCUCGUACAUUCUUUCUUUCUUCCUUUCUUUCUUUUUUUCCUUUCUUUCUUUCUUUCUUUCUUGUUUUCUUGUACAUCCUUUCUUUCUUUCUUGUACUUUUUUCUUUCUUUUACAUUCUUUCUUUCUUCCUUUCUUUUGCAUUCUUUCUCUCUUUCUUGCUUUCUUGUGCAUUCUUUCUUUCUUGUACAUUUUUUCUUUCUUUCUUUUUUUCUUUCUUCCACAUUCUUUCUUUCUUGUACAUUCUUCCUUCUAAAUUAUUUCUUUCUUUCUUUUACAUUCUUUCUUUCUUUCUUUCUUUUUUCUUCUACAUUCUUUCUUUCUUUCUUUCUUCUAUAAUUUUUCUUUCCUCUACAAUCUUACUUCCUUUUUUUCUUCUAUAA